GACUUUCCUGGGUUUGGGGGGGCUGCCAGCCUGGCUGUCGGCUGGGUGUUGAGGAAAAGCUGAACUUGGAAGAAAAUCAGAAAUCUCCCUCUGGAAAUACCCCUCGGGCGGGAAGUUGUGGAGAUCCUGGGGCCGCUGCUCGCGGGGGCGGUUCCUACAGGGCUUAAGAAGGGCUGAGGUUGGAGCCUGCAGCCAGAAGGAGACAGCACCGGGCAGCAGCUGGAAAGAGGGGAAGGAAUGAAAGAAGGGAAAACCAGCGCUGCUGCUGCCCUGUGGGUGAUGGAGCCGGCUCCUGUCCUCCUCCUCCUCCUCCUUGGCUUGCUAUGGAGCUGCAGCGGUGAGUGCCAUGGGGCCGAGAGCCACCCUAAACCCCCAAGCUGCUCUCCUUGCUUCACCCCACAGCCUCAGGAGGUCCCUGUCCCCAAAUCGCUGCUGUCCCCUGACCCUGCACUUUCCUCCUGCCCAGGUGGCCCUGCUGACAGGAUGGUGGUGACACCGCAGGAGCCCGUGGUGCCCUUUGGGGGCUCGACAGAGCUGAACUGCUCCCUGGCCUGCGCAGAGGGCAAGGUGGAGUGGAGGGGGCUGGACACAGCCCUGGGGACCAUCUCCUCCUUCUCCACCCACAGCAUCCUGCACAUCCAGCACGCCACGGUGGCCAUGGAGGGCAUGAAGUUCUGCGAGGGCAAAUGCCACGGGCAGGACUACAAGGAAAGUGUCACACUGAAGGUUUAUGCCCUCCCAGACGCGCUGAGCCUGGAGGCAUCUCCCCACACCCUGCGCCCAGGGCACCCUGCCACCCUGACCUGCUCGGCCACGCACCUGUACCCUCCCAAUGGGCUGGCCCUCACCUGGUACCGGGGCCACCACAUGCUGGAGAACCUUACAGACCAUGGCUGCGAGGAUCCUGAUGAGGACGAGCUGUGUAGCAUCGUUUCCAGCCUGCCGGUGAAGGGCACAGAGGUGGCAGAAGGGGUGGAGUUCAGGUGCGAGGUGACGCUGCGCGUCGGGCGGGAGACCUUCAGCAGGGUGGCAUCGCUGGUGGCAAGGGCUGAGGCUGUGAUGACACCAGCCAUGGCCACCUCCACGGGGAGCCCCAGCACAGCCACCGUGGCCACCACAGCCCUCCCUGCAGGGCCAGGUGUCCCCACAGGUGACCCCACCACAGCACGGGAGCCCAACGCUGGCACCACUCAGGAUGUGGCUGCUGUCACCAAUGCCCCCUCCACGGAGCCCUCAGUGCCCCAGGACCCCACGGCAAGCACCCACACGGCAGAUGUGGCCACCAGCACCCUCCCUGCGGCGACAGAGCCACCUCUGGGGACAAUGCCAGCCUGCAGCCUGCAGAUGCGGUCGCUGCCACCCACCGGGACGCGGGGCAGGGCUCUGCGCAUCGAGUGCCACGCUCGGUGCACCGGGAACGCCACGGUGCGCUGGCUGCGGACCCCCGCAGCCCUCGGGCAGUACCGGGAGGAGUCUGCGGGCAGCAGCUCCGCCCUGCGGCUGGACAGCGCCGAGCCCUGGCACCAGGGACACUAUCAGUGCGUCCUGCGGGGCCACCACCGCGCACAGGUGGCCAGCCUGGAGGUGAUGGUGGUGGAUGAUUCCUUCAGCUCCAGCCCUGCCAUCGCCAUGGGCACAGCAGGAUCGCUCUUGGGGCUCAUCGCCACCGCUGCCGUGUCCCGACGCCUGUGGAAGUGGUUCCGAUCCCGGUAGCCGCUGUCCCGGGACUGGCACAGCCGGGUGGCAGCCCUGGCCCUUCAGGGUGUCCCUGCUGUCCCCGGUUGUCGCUGAAGGAGCAGGAGGGGAGCAGCUGCCGCGGGAGGCAAAGCCUGGAAGGACAAUGAGCACAGGCCACACAGGACUGGAUCCCGGCGGGCUGGCACCGAUCACCGGGUGCGUGGAGCUCCCGGUACCGGAGCACGGAGGUCCCGGGGGAGCGUGGGCCCGGCGGGCGGGUGGGACCGGUGCUCCAAUAAAGGGCUGGUUUCUGUUCGGGCCCUCAGCAAAGUGUCUGUGAAAAACGCCGAAUCACUUGUUUGUAAAAUUUUAAUAGUAA